UCCGGUGCAUAAACAAGGCUUAUGAUUGCAGUAAUAAUUUAGAUAAUUGCACCGUUUUAGCACAUUUUUGGCCUAUAGGAACAUGCGCAAAGGGAUCAUUAUGCAGCAUACAACAUAUCAUCUUACUUAAGAGAAGUAUAAAAUGUGCUUCAACUCUUAAGAUAAUAAGUGUAACUUAUCUUCCAAGGAAUGUUGAACACUCAAGCAAUGGAGAAAGAUUAUUCUGUUCAGUUCUUCUCAACUUUUAUUGCAAAUCUUCAAAAACUUUGCCAAGCUUAUAUUAAGUUUGAUAGAAAUAUUGAAGUUAGUGGCUAUGUUUGUGUUGAAAUAGACAAUUCUAAGAAAGAACGUUACGUGCUGAGUGAACUUGUCCAAAACUGUGGCAGUGUUGUAAGUGAGAGCUACUGCACAAAGGUUUUUCGCACUUUGCCACCAUUACCAUCAGCAAGUCAGAAGUCAGCAUCACAGAAUGAUCCAGAGUCUUGGUCAGUGAAUACACCAGCACCUGCAGACAAACCCAGGCACAAGAUAUCUCAGGAACGAAGAGGCAGCAUCUCUAGCAAUAAAUCCAUUGAAAGUUUAACAGACAUCCGAGAAUCAGAAAAUGGUUCUGUUUCUAACUAUAGCUCAGAUGGCACAGAGAACCUGCGUGUCACAUCAGGGCAGCGAUCAAAACGAACGUCUUUUGACCCCGACAAAGAAACAGCAUUCGAAUGUCCUGGGAUGCUGCACAGAGAUUGUCUCAGGAGAUCCAGUCCAGGACAUGCUCAGAUUCAGGUCGCAGCUGGCAUCAGGUACAGAGACGAGACAGCCUACCGAGUUUCGCUCACAUAUCCAACCGAGGCCGGAGCAGCAGCAGUACCAGCCUGGCCAGUCCCUCGGACACUCCUGUAGACCUGGAGUCAGUCAAGGUGGAGGGCUCAAGCACCAGGCAGUCUUGUGUUCAGGCCAAAAAGCCAUCCCACCAGCCCCACAGAUCAUGGGGAGGGAUUUAGUCAAGUUGUGCCAGUGGGCAUCCAUGCUAAUCUCUCCAGUCUCGGUCAUAUGGUGGAGGCAUUUGCAGCAUCAAGAUCAGCAAUAGCUCAGCCCGCCCACAGUUCUGAAGACAGAUUCUCGCGCCCCAGUGUCUCAGCAAGUCUCUCCCCUUGUGUUCACUCCCAAGUCCCCAUGGACACCUCCUUGGUGAGGAGCCGUGGUGCGUCGGUCUCCUCCAGUCGCAGUCAGCAGGAGGUGUUCAUGCAGAUGCUGCCUCAAGGUUACGGUCAGUCCAGCAGCAGACACUCAGUACAGAUGGUGCAGGCAGCAGACAGGCAGCACAAACUAGAGGCCUCACUUACAGACUGUCCCGAAGAUGUCAUAGACCUGGACAUUGAUGACAUGGACACUGACCAUACUGACAGCUCUAUUGCCGAUGUCAAUGCCAGUCUGACGUUGUCAGGGAUGGACCAAAGUGUUUUAUCUGAUUAUAUGACAUCGUCAGUUCAGGUGACAGAUAUUCAAAGAAAGAGGAACGCUCAGCUGAACUGUCAGAGAUAUGCUUUGAGGCUGUUCUGUGAAUUUCACCAAAGUAAGUCAGGUUCUAUGUCUUCCUUAGACACCAUCCCUCAGGAACAACUCGAUGUUAUGCUUAGUGACUUCUAUGCAACAUCUAAGAAAGGAAAUGGGGACGACUUCACCGUCAGUUCCCUCAGAAGUAUCCAAUACUACCUGGAAUCUCAUCUGUUUGAGAACUUCAUCAUGUCCGGGUCAAGGGCAAUAGUGUUCAAGAACUCACGUCAAGCUUUAAGGAAAAGAUGUGAAGAGCUGAGAGUCAAACAGAAGUCCUCACCCAUCAACAAACGGAAUAUGACUUCCUCGGACAUUGACCUCCUGUUUGAAAAAGGGCAGCUGGGAGCAGCGUCUCCUGAUGUUCUGCUCAACACUCUGUGGUUGAUGAAUGUCAUGUGUUUCGGAAUCAAAGGCAGCGAACAUUUUUCUCUCCGAUGGGGAGACAUCAUUCUUAACACUGACAAAGAAGGAAGACAGUUCUUGGAAUAUGCGGGAUCUGGAACUUCUGGGCAGCCAAUCCAUUGUCUCCGAGUGUAUUCACUCCCUCAUUAUCAGUCCCGAUGCUGUGUUCACUUCUUCAAACAAUAUCUAAGCCAUCGUCCAGCAAUAGCACUUCAGCCAGAUGACCCAUUCUACCUCGCCAUCAACAACCAGUAUGAGAGAGUUGGGUCAUGGUAUGUGAAGGAGAAACUGUCCAUGAGCAGACUGUCCUCCACAUGGAGGAAUCUACUAUUUGCUGCAGGACUACCUCCAGAAAGGAAGCCUCCAGUUGGUUACCAGACAGGACUGUUCCUACAGGCAGCACAGCUCCCCAUGUCACUGAAUCGGCACAUGGACAGAACACUGCCAGAGGAGGCUGCACCUGCAGCCAAGUGAUGACUGCUGAAGCCCUGAACUCCCCUAGAUCAAACAGAGAUAUAAACACUGAAAUAUUUUUGUAACAUUCAUCAUCUUGAGACCAGGGAUGACAUCAAGCUUCUUCCAUGGCAAGCCAUCUGACAAGUUGUUAGAAAAUGUAUUUUGGGCAAUUUAUCCUGUUUUCAGUUCACCUGACUGAAUAUGCUGCAAGUCAAGUGAGCUUAUGUUAUGGUAAAGAUGUAAUUUCAUCUCUCCUUCACAUGGCUAUGUUUUACUUCCCCUUCAAAUCAACCAGGCUGAAAUUGAACACUAAUCAUAAUCUGACCAGUCAUAAUGUUGCUGAAGCUGGCAUGAAACAGACAUAAUUGAUACUGAAACAUGGCGACCAUGGCAGCCAUAUUGAAAAUUUGACUUUUUGCUAGUUUCUCGAUAUGUUAGAUAUUAGCCAGGGAUAUUUUGAUAUUUGACCUAGCUACAGGUCAUGGCAGUUAUAUUGCAAAUUUCACAUUCUUAAAAUUUCUACGACUUUUUUAUCUUUGUAUUAGUCAAGAAAAUUUCAGGUGAGCUUCAGAGCCUAAGGUCCUAUUUUAGAUAUUUGAGACAUUUUCAUGCAAACUGUAGUUCAUCUUCUUGUUGUUAGUGUUUGUAUCACUGUUUGCAGUGUUGUAUCAAAACAGUCCAUAUUCCUGUUGGCAUUUUAUUAUCUUGUAUGUGUGUCAUCAUUUUGAUCAUCACAAUCAUUACAAUCAUAUCAAAUGUUGUUUUCUGUGUCAAGAUUUUGUUUUGUAACAGCCUUCAUCUUGAUCAUCAUCAACAUUGUCAUCAUCAUCAUCAUCAUCAACAACCAGAACAUUACACAAUUAACUCCCAAAUGCAAGUAAAAACUCUCCUAUUUAAGAGCAAUCAUGAAUAAUCAAUAGCGGUGAUGGUAAAUAAUUAAUUGAAUUCAUGAAAUGAUACAGUUCAAUUAAUUGAAUAUACCAGUGAAUUGUAACAGCCCUAGAGUGCAGUAAAUGCUUCCCAGUUUGGAGUUUUGUGGAGAUGUUUGAGACAUGUUAUAAUACACCUUGAAAACUCCAUCCUUUAGGAUUGUCUCCCCUUACUUUUUACUGUUAAGGCCCGUGUUUCAUGUGACCGAUAAAUACAUCAUUAAAACAGUCUGCAGUUUAAUAGUGGACUAGUGCUGUGUGUGAAAUUGUAAUUAUUUACCGAUUGUUAGACUUUAUUUAUUACUGAGAUUUACGAUGUUAGUGAUUCCUGUGCUGUGGGUGGUGUUGUGUAUUUGUGUCCUGUCACUGCCAGUAUCCAGAUGGUUCACCUGCACUCACAUUUACGUGUUCUAUGGCAUGACUGUAAAAUGUAUCCACAAACCUAGAACCAGAUCCUACUUGUCUUUUUUAACUGCUCACCAUUUUUGACUUCACUCCAAACUAUUUUGAUGUAUAAAGUUCAUGGAUGUUCGUGAUCAUAAGUUGUUUUUGAGCACUAAAAUCAAACUUCAAUAACAUUUUUUUUCUUUCUUGAGUUACAAAAGACAACUGUAAUACAUAUUGAUGGAUGUUUGUGAUGUCUGUUGAAUAAAUACAACCACUACAAUAUAAAAAGAUGCUCUUGCUCUAGAGGUUUAGCUUCCAAUUUUUUGGUGUGUUAAGUGAAUCUCGUGUGUCAACUUCACUGGUUUAUUAUUUAAACAUUUUAUUCCAAAUGAAAACGAUUGAACCCAAGUUUUCGUAACUAAGUUAGUCCUCUCCCGAAAAAGAAAGACAUUAGCAUGAUUAUCAUCAUAUAAUAUCAUACUUUAAAUGUGUACAGAGCAAAGUGUAUAUACAAACAGAAUAAGUAUAUUAUGGUACAAUUGAAAUAUAUACAAGAUACAAGAACUCUCAAAGAUGUAUAGCAGGAAACAGUGUGUCACAUUAUUUCUUUUAGUUUGAUAUGUAUAUGGACUGUGUGAAACAUUGUAGUUAACAAGAGUAACUUUAUUUUACAAAUUUCAUUUAUGCUCUAAUCAUUACAUUUCUUGCUGUAUGAUAAAGGGGUAUUUAUACCAAUUCUAAUUACCAUAAUUUUACUGAGGGCAUAAAUAGCCAAAUUGUGUAAGCAAAAUAUUAUGCUUUCUUUAAGCAAAGGAGAAAUAUCAAAGAGCACAUUUAGUUUCAAACCUCCAGAUAAGGGCCGUAUUGUCGUAUGUACGGCUAAAAUAUAUGCAUGAUACGGUAGGAAAUAAUUUAGAAAGCAGAUGCGCACCACAGCAAUUGUGUACUGUCUUAGAAUCAUUUACAGAUGUAUUUAUCUGAAAAAGUAUUGUUUUAUUUCUUUGACCUGUUUACACAAGAGUAGCAAUCUUG